AUGGCCGAUAAUGAAAUAAAAGACAAUUUCUACGACGACCAUGAUGAUCCGUAUGACGGAUAUCCUGAGUCAGAAUCUGACAAUUAUUCGGACUCGGUGGAUGGCCACGAUGAUACUUCUGAAAUCAUCGAUCUUUUAGGAUUGCAACUUAAUGAAAGCAAUCAAAACGCGGUAUUCGGCGCGACCGUUGUUCCGGAGAAACAGGAUGAAAAUGAGGAUACCGAGUUGGAUGUCAAUGCUGUAGUAGAUCUUCUUAAGCUACGGGAAGAAGCUUUGGAAGCCGGGAGACAAGCCUGUUUAAAGGAGACCAAUAUGUAUCGUUGGAGGCAUAAGAGAACCGCUAGAUUGAACAUUAUAUCGUCAAGUUCAAAUGAAAUAGCGCAAGCAUGGGCAGAAGAGCUUGCAUCUGGGGCCGAGUUUCGCAAACAAAUACACAAGAGAAAAUUUUAUGAUGACGGGCAAAAUAUCUACAGGGGCUCGAUAGAGGGAUCUGUAUCCAACACAGGCUCAAAAGAACUUUACGAAAAAAUUGCUAAAGAGGCCGUCAAAACAUGGUAUAGCCAAAUCGAUAACUACGAUUUCGAGACGCAAGAUAAAAAAGAUCCCAAUGGCGGAGAAGUCGACUCUUUCUGCCAAACAGUUUGGGGAGAGUGCCGCUUUUUCGGAGCGGGAAUCGCGCUGUCCGACGACUUGAAAACUGCUUACGUUGUUUGUCGAUACUUUCCGGGGAAACCAGUGCAUACACCAUACAAUCGAUACCGGAACGUUAACGUUUUAAAGGGGAUGAAAGAUCCUACCCCGGUUGCCAAACCAGUGGAGCCAGUAGUUCAAAUAGACCCCUAUAAAGAAGCUCAAACUGCUGCACGCGAAGAAUGUUUAGCAGCGCACAAUGAAUAUCGUGGAAAACACAUUACCGUUGGUGGAAGCAACAUGUAUUUGUUUGGCCCGCAAACCAACAAAGCACAAAAGGUGGCCGACAAACUUGCCUCUGGUCGUAGCUUAUUGAAAAGGGAGCGGACUGGACAUAGCAUUUACGAAGCUUCAGUAGAUGGUUCCGAGUCGGUUUCGACCAAAGAAAUUUUGCAAGAAAUUGCGAAAAAUGCCGUGACAGAUUGGUAUAGCCAGAUCGACAACUACGAUUUUGAGACGAAUGGAAAGAAGGAUGAAAAUGGAGGAGAAGUUGACUAUUUUACCAGACUUGUCUGGAAAAGCAACAAAUGGAUCGGCGUUGGGGUAGCGAUGACGGAAGAUCGAAAAUCUGCAUACAUUGUUUGCAAUUACCGGGCGCAGAAGGGCCUUCCAACAGAGGAGCAUGAGAACGUUCUUCCCGUCCAAUAA